GCAGCAGCACUUUCCCAUUGAUGAGCAUACUUCCUCGCGCCUUCCAUCGCUGCACAUUGCCCGCGGCGCCUGUGUGUUGCAGCACGAUCGGGGCCAGCUGGCAAAGCGGAAAAUUGAUUUUCACCUCCCUGCUGUCCUGGUCUCCGAAGCAAUCGAAGCCGAUCAAGGUCGCUUGGAGCUGCCCGCCGAAGAUACUACGGCGCAUUCGAAUCCGAAGUCGAUCCAAGUGGAGCUCGACAUCUGUUACUGAGAUCGAAAUUGCUGCGAGAGCAAUCGAGACCAGUGCUAUGUUGCAAUACAUUAUGCCAUGAUGUGCAGAAACGAGCUCGAAAGCGAACAGAUCAACAGAGACCAAAAAAGAAAGCUACCGUUCGGGUGUCUUAAAGCUGAGAGGGAAACUCAGGAGUCAUGAUGUAGUCUCCGGAACCCAGGAGCACGGGUAAUGAAGACGUCAAGAGAUCUUGCUAAGCGCGAUGCAGGGCCUCAUCAAUAAUGCACCGUCAGCACGAAUCGACACUGGUCAGGGCCGCUGCAUCGGUGCCGCUUACCAGGAAACAGGAGGCAGUCUUGAGAUCGGGCUGAAAGCCUUGGCCCGUUCAGAGCCUGGAUCUUUGUGGUCCAAGACGAUCUGCUUCGAAAAUGCAUCAGUCCAGCGCCUGCAGCUUGAACCUCACACCUGCCUGCCUGCCACAAACCCUCCACCACACAAUGCAAGAGCGACGCUCGUCCGGAUUUCAAGAGACGAUAAACGGAGGCGCUAAGCAUUGUUGUUAUCACGAAGGCAAUGGAGAGCUGGUAUUUGUACAGCACGGCUGCCAAGUCGGUGGAGGGCGAAGUUUGCAUUGCAAGACGGCUUCAAGACGUGCGAGUCACGUAGACAACCUUCAAAGUCCAUUGCGACAAAUAACUAUGAAGCCAAUUCCCGUGGGAAACGAUGACCACAUGACAACCCGCAAUUCUGCCCAUAACAACGCUCGAUCAAGCAUCCUCAAAUAAUCUUCAUAUGUACAUCCAACAAACACAGUUCUGUGAUAUG